AGCAGAUCUAUAAGAACACAAACACUAAAUUGGACUAAUUAUUGCUAAGCUAAUAUAUUUAUUAUUAUUUAAAUAUUAAAAAACAACAAAUAACUACAAUAUUUUAUUACAAUGGCAACAUUAGUGGGUGCAAAUUUUUUUGUUUAUUUUACCACUACCGAUGAUAGUGAACGAGUACGCUGUAAACUUUGCAAUAAAAGUCUUAUGGCUAAUAGACGUUUUAACCUAAAACAGCAUUUAAAGCAAACACAUAAAAUAGAGGUUAGUUCAGGUAACAGUAAAGUUAAACAUGGUUCUGUUGAUAGAAAAUCCAAAAAAAUUGCACCAUCGGAUAUCGAUGAAAGUCGUACGGAGGAUAAUGCUGAUAAUUUCUUUGAUAUGAAUUCUCAAUCCAUGGACUCAAAUGAUUCAGAUACUUUAGCACUUCCUUCGGGUAUAGAAGUAAAAACCGUACGUGUACAAGAAAUGCGUUUAAAAGGUAAAGCAAAUAAUGAAGUCGUGGAACAGGGUGUAACAUAUGAAAUUGAAAAUCUUGAUGAGAAUAAUGCAGAAACUUCUACACAAAACGUUUCCGAACAAGCUCUACAAACUGAUACUUUUGUUGAACCCAUACCUUUGCCAAAGUUAAACAAACUCAAACGUGUCUUGAGCGAUCCCUUAAAUGAACCUAUACUCCCAAAGAAAACACCAAAAUUUGAGCCACAAUUAAAGAAGAAAAGGGACAACGUAAUAGCCGAUGAUCCCCUAGACGAAUCUAACUCUACUAACAACGAUCAUUUCGUACAAUGGGCUAAAAAGAAAAUUCAACUAUUGGAAAUUGAAUUACUUGAAAUGCGUAACUAUAAACACAAAUUGGAAUUGUAUGAAAAGGAGCAACUGUUAAAGGUAGCUUCUUCAAAAUUCACCCGAGAUAUACGAGGAAUUCAAUGAGCAGCUGAUAAACAUACAAAUAUUCCCUUAAUAUUAAUAAAAUAGUAUUUUUUUUCUAUUUGAGUUUGAAAACAAAAUUAUUAAAAAAACAAAA